ACAGGCCCCGCCCCCGCGCACGCACGUCGCGCCGCCCCAGCGUCCGCGGAAAGUCGCUGAGGGACUCGCGGACUCGGAGCCGAGCGGCCGCAUAGGCCGAGGCGCGCCCGCGGCGGGACUGGACAAGUGAGGGCAGCAAGAGUCCCGCUCCAUGAUGUCAGCAGAACCCGAGGCCUCGGAGGGCAUGGAUGAGCCAGAGAGAAACAACUCCGAGAUCCCAGCACAGGAAAACCAUGCCAGGAUGGCUGACCUUUCGGAACUCCUGAAGGAAGGGACCAAGGAAGCACACGACCGGGCCGAAAACACCCAGUUUGUCAAGGACUUCUUGAAAGGCAAUAUCAGGAAGGAGCUGUUUAAGCUGGCCACUACAGCACUUUACUUCACAUACUCGGCUCUGGAGGAGGAAAUGGAACGCAAUAAGGACCACCCAGCCUUUGCCCCCUUAUACUUCCCCACGGAGCUACACAGGAAGAAGGCGCUGACCAAGGACAUGGAGUAUUUCUAUGGUGAGGACUGGAAGGAGCAGGUGCAUUGUUCUGAGGCUGCCCAAAAAUACGUGGAGCGAAUCCGCUAUGUGGGGCAGAAUGAACCGGAGCUGCUGGUAGCCCAUGCCUACACCCGCUACAUGGGGGACCUCUCCGGGGGCCAGGUGCUGAAGAAGGUGGCCCAGCGGGCCCUGAAACUCCCCACCACAGGGGAAGGGACCCAGUUCUACCUGUUUGAGAAUGUGAGCAAUGCACAGCAGUUCAAGCAGUUAUACCGGGCCAGGAUGAACACCCUAGACCUGAGUAUGAAGACCAAAGAGAAGAUUGUGGAGGAGGCCAACAAGGCCUUUGAGUACAACAUGCAGAUUUUCAAUGAACUGGACCAGGCUGGCUCCUUGCUGGCCAAAGAGAUGGUGGAAGACCCGCUCCCCGUGCAUGAUGGGAAAGGAGACAUACGCAAAUGCCCUUAUUAUGCAGCCCAGCAGGAAGGCGGUGCCCUGAAGGACAGCGGCUGCCCCUUCCAAUGCACCCUGUCUGUGCUAAGGAAGCCCGGCCUCCAGUUAGUUGUGGCUGCCGGUGUGGCCCUGGUUGCUGGACUCCUGGCCUGGUACUACAUGUGAAGGACUUGUCGCACCAUGCUGGCACCUCCUCCAGAGUGACCUCUGGCCUAUCCCCACCCUAUGACUGAACUACCACCUCAGGUGACAAAAAAAAAAAAAAAAAAAAAUCUGGGUUUGAGACAAGCAGUCUGAAGCUAAUGCCUCUGCCUGCCAGUGUCCUCUACAGGCCCAAUACUGAGCUGGGUGCAGGCCCAGCCUUCCUGCAGCCCCAUGAGUCUGGAGUCAGCCUUGUUCCCAGGUCCCCGCACCUCCCAUCCCCAGGCUGACCUCCACCCAGCAAGCUCCAGCUGUUCCUCUGGGAGGGAGGGGCCACUUAGUGCUCCUGACCUCCUGGGCUGGGGGGUGGGGUACAGAAGCCAGGCUUGCACCCUGGCAGCCAGCCGCUCUUCCAAAUGGUGCCCCAGAGGGAUCUGCUUGCUCUGACCUGCUGCUCUGACUUGUGUAAAUGUUCCAGUUCUCAAUAAAGUGGAUGUCAGUUGCC